AUGUCAGCGGGAAUAGGUGGAGAGGAGGAACCAAAAGUGCAUGAGGUGUAUGAAUAUGAAGUCCAAAUUGUCCAAAGAUUAUUAUUAAAUGGUGAGGAUAUUAUUGAUAAAAUGGAAGAGGAAGGUACAAGGAGCUGGCAGAUAUGGGAG